GGGGGCCGAGUGUGAAGCGGUUGCAUUGAUAACCUGCAGCUCACAGUCACUCAGUCUCACUUUGUGGCCGUCCCCCUGGCGUGGUGCUCCCUUUGCCUCUGCUCUAUUUCCCCUCUCCUCACUCUUGGACCGUCUGUGGACGCGCUCAGACCCACGCAUUAACUCGUCGACCCUCUGUCGCCGUCACCAUGACGCCCUCCCCGCUGUUAUUCCUGCUCCUGCUCGGCCUUGUAGGUGCUCAAGCCCCUGUGGACCUCCGCACGGCCGCCGCCAUGGCGGCAGGUUUGUGCAAAACCCGUCCCACCGACAUUGUGUUCAUCAUCGACAGCAGCCGCAGUGUUCGCCCUUCAGAGUUUGAGCAGGUCAAGGUCUUCCUUGCAAAGGUCAUUGAGGGACUCGAUGUCGGACCCAACGCCACCCGUGUGGGAGUUGUCAACUACGCCAGCCGCGUCAAGAACGAGGUGUCUCUGAAAACACACCGCACUAAAGCUGGUCUAGUUAAGGCUGUAACCAAGAUCGAGCCCCUCUCCACUGGUACCAUGACCGGUCUGGCCAUCCAGUUUGCCCUGAACGUGGCAUUCAGCGAAGGCGAGGGUGCUCGGGUCAAAUCUCCUGAUAUUAGCAAGGUUGCCAUUAUUGUGACAGACGGGCGUCCUCAGGACAAUGUAAAGGAGGUGGCUCAGCGUGCUCGGGAUGCUGGGAUUGAGAUUUUUGCCAUCGGUGUGGGCCGUGUGGACAUGAGCACCUUGCGCCAGAUGGCCAGUGAUCCUCUGGAUGACCACGUGGACUACGUGGAGAGCUACAGCGUCAUCGAGAAGCUCACCAAGAAAUUCCAGGAGGCCUUCUGUGUGUCGGACCUGUGUGCCACCGGGGAUCAUGACUGUGAGCAGGUAUGCAUCAGCAGCCCCGGAUCAUACAAGUGUGCCUGCAAAGAUGGCUUUACCCUGAUGGACAAUGGUCGCAGCUGCAGUGCAUGCAGCAACUCUGCAACAGACGUGGUGUUCCUGAUCGAUGGCUCUAAGAGUGUCCGGCCUGAGAACUUUGAGCUGGUCAAGAAGUGGAUCAACCAGAUUGUGGACAAACUGGACGUUUCUGACAGCAAGGCUCAUGUGGGACUUGUGCAGUACUCUAGCUCAGUCAGACAGGAGUUUCCCCUGGGCCGCUACAACAACAAGAAGGACUUGAAGGAUGCUGUGAAGAAGAUGGCCUACAUGGAGAGGGGAACCAUGACGGGUCAGGCUCUGCGCUACCUGACAGAUAACAGCUUCAACCCCGGUCAUGGUGCACGCCCUGGAGUCGCCAAGGUGGGCAUCGUAUUCACUGAUGGACGCAGCCAGGACUACAUCGGAGAUGCUGCCAAAAAGGCAAAGGAGAAUGGUUUCAAAAUGUAUGCUGUUGGAGUUGGCAAUGCAGUAGAGGAUGAACUGAAAGAGAUUGCAUCUGAGCCGACUGGAGAGCACUACUUCUACACUGCUGACUUCAAGGCCAUGACCCAGAUCGCCAAGAAGCUGCAGAUAAACAUCUGUCAAGACGAGGACCCUUGUGAGUGUGACUCCCUCGUAAAGUUCCAAAAGAAAGUAGAAGAUGCCCUACAGGUGCUAACAAAAAAAUUAGAUAGUAUGUCAAAGAGGAUCGCCUUGCUGGAGAACAAAAUCGUCUGAAGACUCACACCCCACUCCUCACUCUACAUCUACACACCCACUCCUCACUCUACAUCUACACACCCACCUACAUACGCACACACACAAACAAACAAACGCAAUCACAAACACACUACUUCACACUACUUACAUCCUGUAAAAUACUGAAGAGGAACCCCAUGUGUGUGUGAGUGUGUAUGAACCCUGACCUCUGCUUGCAUCCUGAGCUCAGCCCCCUCCUCACUCAGCCUCACCUCUUCCACCCUUGGGUCUCCCGGGACACAAAGCGCCGGUUGUCAUGGGGACCACGCCUUUGUGUGUGUGCUCUCCGAAGGUCAUCCUCCAUAUCCAGCCUGUGUGUUUGUUAAUAAAAGUCUUCCCUCAUAGGGAAACGGUAUACUGAA